UGCUCUAUUCAGUAACUACAACUGGAGCAACCGGUUGUGACAGAAGUAAUGAUUCUGAAGCUAAUUCUACUUUGUUUGGUGGGUUGUGGCACUGCUUUGAUAAGGUCGGGGUAUGGAAAGAAAUGGACAGAAUUUGACAAUGUUAUCAUGUCAAAAAACGUCAUCUCUGACGUGUCAGAUGUUCACAGUGGGAAACCAUGUGUACUUCUUUGUCUCGAGAAGGAUGGUUGUAUUUCUGUGUUUUACAGACCUCAACACCGACGGUGUCAGCUCCAUGACGUGCUGUUCCUGUCGUCUGAAGACGGAGAACAAGAGACAGGCACCGAGUACUACAGCUUAACAACAGGGGUUUGUCCAGUUCACUACGUCCAGAACCGCCUCCUCAACCUCUGCUACCAGUUCCAUGCUAUUACGACCAUGUACGACGAUGCUCUUGCUGACUGCACGUCAAGAGGAGACCACUUUAUUGUCAUUGACAAUGAGGACAAGCAGAACCACUUCGUCACACAGAGCUCUUCUUCAAAAGCUACUGCAAAAUGCAGCUACUUCAUCGAUGGCUCAGAUGCGGCAAAUGAAGGACAAUGGGUAUUCCAUGAUGGCCGACCUAUGACCUACUUCGCCUGGUAUCCAGGUUUCCCGUCUAAUAAGCCAUUGUUUGAUUACAUCAUCGCCAAGAAGUUAGCCACAAAUGGAAGUGCAUAUUUGUGGCAAGACAGGGCGCGUGCACGGUCAAAUUGCUACGUCUGUCAAAAAGACCUAUGACAUCCUUGUAAACAAAUGUGAGAUUACCGGCAGUCAGCAAGUUGUUUCUGCUUCAAGAAAAACACCCCGCUUGCAUACGGCACAGACGUCAUAGGAUGAAUGAAUCGGUCAAGUGCAUUGUAUAGAUAUCACGGUUAUUAAAUAUUUUCACUUCCAAACA